AUGGAACAACUAUCAGAUGAAGAAAUUGACCAUGGUGCUGAAGAAGACAGUGACAAGGAAGAUCAGGACCUGGACAAAAUGUUUGGAGCCUGGCUUGGAGAACUAGACAAACUCACUCAGAGCUUGGAUUCUGACAAGCCCACGGAACCAGUAAAAAGAUCUCCUCUUCGCCAGGAAACAAACAUGGCCAAUUUUUCUUAUCGCUUCUCCAUAUACAACUUGAAUGAAGCUCUGAAUCAGGGAGAGACUGUGGAUCUGGAUGCUCUGAUGGCCGAUCUUUGCUCUAUAGAGCAGGAGCUCAGCAGCAUUGGUUCAGGAAACAGUAAGCGUCAAAUCACAGAAACAAAAGCUGCUCAGAAAUUGCCUACUAGCCGACAUACAUCAAAACAUGGCACCUUGAAAGGAUUACCUUCCUCAGCUAACAGGAUCACUAAACCUUCCCAUGCCAACUACUCCCUGGACGACAUCACUGCUCAAUUAGAACAGGCCUCCUUAAGCAUGGACGAGGCUGCUCAGCAGUCUGUACUAGAAGAUACCAAGCCCUUAGUGACUAAUCAGCACAGAAGAACCGCAUCGGCAGGCACAGUGAGUGAUGCUGAUGUGCGCUCCAUCAGUAACUCCUCGCGUUCCAGCAUCACUUCUGCAGCCUCCAGCAUGGACUCUUUGGAUAUUGAUAAAGUGGCACGCCCUCAAGAACUGGAUUUGACACAUCAGGGACAGCCAAUUACAGAGCAUGCUAUUUCUCUGAGAUGUCCCAGCAAGCAGGCCAAGCGUCAUAUUGACUUCACAGAAGAACAGGCUGAGCUGGCACCUCACUCCUAUCUGGACAGGGAAACCUCCCUUCUUCUGAGAAACAUUGCAGGAAAGCCUUCUCAUUUGCUGACCAAGGAAGAACAGGCAGCGAAAUUGAAAGCGGAGAAGAUCAGAGUUGCUCUAGAGAAAAUUAAAGAGGCACAAGUGAAAAAGCUGGUGAUUAGAGUCCACAUGUCUGAUGACAGCUCUAAAACCAUGAUGGUGGAUGAGAGACAGACUGUGAGACAAGUGCUGGAUAACCUGAUGGACAAAUCCCACUGCGGUUAUAGUUUAGACUGGUCACUGGUGGAGACCAUUUCUGAGUUGCAAAUGGAGAGAAUUUUUGAAGACCAUGAAAACUUGGUUGAAAAUCUUCUUAACUGGACAAGAGAUAGCCAAAACAAGCUUAUAUUUAUGGAACGUAUAGAAAAAAAUGCACUCUUCAAAAACCCACAGAAUUAUCUUCUGGGGAAAAGGGAAACAGCUGAAAUGGCAGACAGAAACAAAGAAGUUCUACUGGAGGAAUGUUUUUGUGGAAGUUCUGUAACUGUACCAGAAAUCGAAGGAGUCCUUUGGUUGAAAGAUGAUGGCAAGAAGUCCUGGAAAAAGCGUUACUUUCUCUUGCGAGCUUCUGGUAUCUACUAUGUUCCUAAAGGAAAAGCAAAGGUCUCUCGGGAUCUGGUGUGCUUCCUCCAGUUGGAUCACGUCAACGUCUAUUACGGCCAGGACUAUCGGAACAAGUACAAAGCACCGACAGACUACUGUCUAGUGCUGAAGCACCCACAGAUCCAGAAGAAAUCUCAGUAUAUCAAAUACCUUUGUUGUGAUGAUGUCAGGACCCUGCAUCAGUGGGUCAAUGGGAUCCGCAUCGCGAAGUAUGGGAAGCAGCUGUACAUGAACUAUCAAGAAGCCUUGAAGAGGACAGAGUCUGCCUAUGACUGGACUUCCCUAUCCAGCUCCAGCAUCAAAUCAGGAUCCAGUUCUUCCAGCAUCCCAGAGUCUCAGUCAAAUCACUCCACUCAGUCUGACAGUGGAGUUUCUGACACCCAGCCGGCAGGACACGUCCGUUCCCAGAGCAUCGUCAGCUCCAUCUUCUCCGAGGCCUGGAAACGGGGCACACAGCUGGAAGAGUCCAGCAAGUCUCAGGUGCCAAAUGAGAAGGCCUGACGCAGCCAAGACAGGGGCGAGUUAAGGUCAGGGACUGUUCUCUGGAAACACAUUAACCUGGGUGAUUCCUAUAACCACGUCUUACAGACUAAUGCUUUUACCUGGAUGUGUAAUUCUUAAAGAAACAUGUGAGUGUCCUAAUGGGCAUGAGAAGUCAGCCCCCUAAUGAGCCUUCUAGUUAACUAACCAAAGCAUUCUCCAUGCGGAUUAGACAUCCAUGUUUGAAAACAAAUGACUUAUCUCAGCCCUUUGCAGUUUGUUCAGAGAGCCUAAAAGACAUCCCUACUUACUAAGUCACAGGCUCUUCCUUUCCUCUGUCCUCAAGUACUUGGACCUGCAUCAUGCAUGACACCAGCUGUGACGGGUCAGCAGUACCGAGGGCCGCCCAGAUGGUGGUCAGCAGAUUGUUAGCAAGCCCUGCUCAUUUCUUGAUAGCUUCCUGUCACCUCCCUUAGCUGCUGCUUAUCUUCUGGUGUUUUCUGUAUACUGCCAUGAUCUUUGGCUGUAAGGUUCACCAAGCAUUUGUUAUGUAUUUUCCAGUAAAACCCAUGUACACAGUGCCCCCCACCCGCACUGCUGGGCAUCUGUGCAUGUUGGAUGCAAGCGUCUCACGAAACACGAGUGUGUGUGUAGCUCAUUCUUUCCCGCGUGACUGCACGCCUGCCGAGUGUGUGGACCCACCAGCACCAAAGCAGUCCUCACUCGGGGGCCCUCCACCAGCCCUAGGGCAUCUGCUUGGUGUGGAUGCUGUCAGCGACUGAGGCAAACUCGGCCACUGCGGCAGGUCCAGUGCUCAGGUGACCCCCAAGUAGGGCAAGGUGUCAGCGCACAGGUCAGUG